ACUGUUUCAGAUUGGUAUCUUCCCUGAUUAAGCUAUCGAAACGCCCAGUGAAAGACUUCAUAGAUUGACCUAUGGAGCGAAGCCGGAGAACCUCUCUCGGAGACUCAGCGAAUACUUCAUGUGAAAGAUGUCGUAGGAGGAAGAUCAAAUGCGACCGACAGGAGCCAUGUUCGAAAUGUGAGAAAUUCGGAGCAAAAUGUAUCUUUCAAGGUACUGGAGAGAAGCAAAGGCCAGUACGAAAAGGUCAUGUCCAAGCACUUGAAGGUCAUGUAGCUUCCCUAGAACUCCUCUUACAAAAAUUAGCCGCAGCCGACAGCAAGCAACGAGAUGAACUUCUUGCGGAGUUUAGCGUUAUCUCAGGUGAUGUAAACAGCUCUCCUACUCAACCUCCCGAGGACAACGCUGUCAACAAUGGCGACCUGGCGUUGGCCCGGACUCGAGCUGGGCAGAUGAAGAAGCUGAGAGCAAACAACGCGUCGCAAUUCUUCGGCGGAACGAGCCUUUUCCAGGGCCAUCAGUCCGUGGGGCCUCCAGCUUCUCUGCCAGGACUCGAUUUCAAUGCUCUCCCAGCUCCAGAGAGCCUUAAUUCGGAUGCCUCAGCCGCAAGCGGGCAUAGUUCAACUUCAAGGUUCCAGUAUGGCCCUCGCGAUGCGAUUCCUCGGCGUCUACUGGCAACAUUUUUUAAAGAGCAGUAUUACUACAAUAUGUGCAUCUACCGAGAGUAUUUCCUCCGCGACUACCAUGCUGGGACGGGUCGAUACUACUCCGAAGUGCUUCUAUACGCGAUCUGUGCUAUGGGUGCUCUAGCAUGCGAAGACUCCCGCCUCCGGGAGCUAUCCGUGAUCUUUUCAAGCCAUGCCGAAACACUCCUCUUCGCCUCGUUGGACAAUCCCGAUCUUACCACAUUACAAGCUCUCGUGCUUCUGGGCCAAUGCGAGAUCGGCUACGGAAAGGCAUCUAAAGGUUGGCUGUUCUGUGGCAUGGCAUUUCGCCUAACACACGAAAUGGGACUUCAUCUCGACCCAUACAACUGGAACGAUGCUACACAGCCCUCGGUUGAUAUGGAAGUGCUGCGGAGGGUGUACUGGGCCACCUUCAUCGCGGACAAGCAAUUGAGCCUCUAUUUCGGCCGUCCGCCCGCUCUCUACCCACACGAAUCAGACGUCCGGAGUACGAUAAGACUCCCAUAUCCGCCCGAAUGGGAAGGGCUGCUCGGUACGUAUAUCGGGAAAGGACUUUCAAGCGCCGCUUUUGAGGAUGGUAUCGCGCUCAUAGGAUCCUUGACAUACCAAGUUGAGCUAUGCAAAAUCUUACACAGCAUCAUCACCAACCUGUUCGAGAAUCGACGGGUGAAUGCGAAUACGAAUACUGCGGUUAUUGCUACCACGGCGCAGCAGAUUCAUGUUUCACUCACGACUUGGUUGGGCGGACUGCCUGCGAAGCUUCACUGGAAUCAGUGGACGGUUGGGAAGGUGCCUGCUUAUGUUCUUCAUCUCCACAUGCUAUUCCACACAGCAAUGAUCGUUCUCCACCGUCCACCCCGACACUACUUCGUAAUGCCUGGCAUCGCGACCAGCGAAGACGUAGAGAUAUGCUACGAGUCUCUAUACGCCCUCGUUCGACUAUGCCGAAGCUACAGUCGAUACUACCACUAUAGUAGUCUUCCACUCGACUUCGUUCAUACUUUAUCCACUGCCGCAGGAACGAUCCUAAUGAAACAGUUCUUCGAAAAAGCGACGUUCGAUCACCCUGAAAUCUCGACCUCGCUGGGAGUAAUCCUCCGCGCGAUGGACGAAGUCAAGGAAACCUGGCCUUGCAUGAAAGAGAUCCAGGACAGCGUGCUCGAAGCCAUGAAGAGUCGAGCGAGCGGAAUCCCGCAGACGGAUCCAAUGCUCAGUCUUGAUCUUGGUACAAGUCUUUCUGCGGGGUUGGAAUUGCCGACGACUGGAGCGGGGCAGUCGAACGGAGAGGCUGGAUUCGGAUCCUUGGCUACGGAUUUGCUUGUCGAUGAUGACUGGACUGUUCAAUUCCCUGGAUUUCCGUGGGAUGAUCAGCUUGUCUGACCCCAUAAAAAAGGUAAGUUUAAGAAUAUGCCGGCGAUUCGUGUAUAGUGGGCUGGUAGGAGAAUACGGAUUUACCGACGCUAUGCUUUGACUGUCGAUGAUAGAUUGUGGAGGAAAGUCGAUAACGGGGGCGGAGUUCCGUCACCGCCGCACAUCUUCACCAUACGAGAUCCAGGUCCGACUGCCGCAGAUUUUCAAAGUAGAUCAUCAUCCGGACAAUACCCUUGUAUUAGAGACAUUCUUCAGGAAAGGGAGUGAUCAACUCUUGUUUUAAUU